GUCUCUAAAACAGUCAACCUCAUUUGUCUUCAACUCACUCUCAUUCAUUCCUCUCUCUCUCUCUCUCCCCCUUCCAUGGAAGAAACCAAUGGACGAAGAGAAACUCACGACUUCAUGAACGUCAAUGUUGAAUCCUUUUCUCAGCUUCCGUUCAUCCGCCGUACUCCUCCUAAAGAUCAUAAAGGCUCCAAGAUUCGUCUCUUCGGCCAAGAGCUCCUCAAACAUAACCCUCAACAAGAAGACUUCCCAGCAGAUUCUUGUGAAAUUACAACAACCAAGAUGAAAGAUGAGAGUAGCUCUGUGAAUGUCAAGGAAAAGGAAAAAGACAAAAGAAACAACAGGGGAUUCGAGUGUCACUACUGUUUCAGAAAAUUCCCAACUUCUCAAGCCCUAGGUGGACACCAAAACGCUCACAAACGCGAACGCCAACACGCCAAGCGCGGUUCCAUGACCUCAUACCUUAAUCAGCAUCCUGAGCCUCACUACGUCUACGGCUUCCUCAACAACCAUCACAGCCUUCACUAUCCCUCGUGGACGACAGAAGCUAGAUUUUACGGUGGUGGAGGAGGAGUACAACAGACGCCGUCGUAUUACUCAAGCACUCUUCUUCCUCCUCCUUCUUCGUCUAUCCCACCGACGAUCAACGGAAGCCCUUUAGGUUUCUGGCGUGGACCGCCCUCCACGUCAACAGACGCUAUUCAUGGAGCUUACUCAGCUUCACCAGCUUUAGCGUUUAGGUCCCAUGACCAAGAGACUAGGGAGCCGACUUGGCCCUACAAAUUGAUGAAACCCAAUGUGAAAGAUCAUGUGAGUCUCGAUCUUCAUCUUUGACACUUCUUUUUAUGUUGGUAUAUCAUUUAAACCUAGCCCUGCUGAAGCAACCAAUUCUUCAUGCUUUGUGAAGACUGAAGAGAACCAGCAGGAUGUGUGGAUCUUGAACCUUUGAGUUUUUUUUAUUUAUUCUGAGUUCGUGUUAAUAAGGGAAUAAUAUAUGAUUAAAUUAGUAAAAUAUGUUUUUCCAUUUUCCUAUCUCAUGUGUAUGAAUGAUACUAUAUUAAAAAUA